AUGUGGGAUAUGCGACUGAGCAGGAAGGCAAUCUGUGUUCUGCUGAUGGUGUGGGUGAUCGGAGCUUCGCUCGGAUCAUGGUUCACCAUCGAUGCUUGGGUGCAUGGCGGUGGAGGGGCCGUGCGUCCGCUCGCGAACUUUGCGUGGAUUGUCUCGCUUCCAGGUUGGGUGACGGCGUACAUCGCGCAUCUGUUUGGGAUCGGUGGUGGUCGCUCUGACGUGUGGUCGAUCAUCAUCGCAAAUGUGACAGGGUGGGGAUACUUGGUUGUUGGUUGCGGAAUGGUUUGGGUGAUCCGGAACUGGGUGCAUCGUGAUGAACAAGAACUGCAAGUGGAUCGCUCGCGUCGAGCGUUUCUGACGAACUCGACUGUUGGUGGUGUCGCGAUCUGUGCUGCUGGAGCGCCGGGAUACGCGACGCUCGUUGAGCCUUGGUCGAUCAAGGUUCGGAAGUACUCGGUUGCGAUUGAUGGGUUACCUGAGUCGCUGCGGGGAUUGCGGAUUGCUCAGGUUUCGGACACGCAUCUUGGGCCGAGGAUUCCGGAGUCGUUUGUGGUGCAGGCGUAUGCGAUGGCGCUGGAUUUGAAUCCGGACUUGAUUGUGCUGACAGGCGAUCACGUGCAUGAUGGGACUCGUGAGUAUCAGCGUGCGGCGGAGCUUUGCAAGCCGAUGGUUGAGCGGUGUCCGAUGGGGGUGAUCGGGGUGCUGGGGAAUCAUGACUGGUGGGGCGAUGGUUUUGCGUUGACGCGGAUGCUGUCGGAUGCUGGGGUGCGGAUGAUUGAUAAUGAUCGGGUGUGGAUCGAUGCGGCGACUCGGCGCGUCGUUGAUGCAGAACCUGAACAGGGAAUCGCGAUGGUGGGGCUCGGGGAUCUGACGGAUUACCGAGUUGAUGUUGAGCGGGCGUUCCGGGAUGUGGGGGCAGAGAUAGCGAGGAUCGUGCUGGCGCAUAAUCCGGAUACGGCGGAGAUCGAGGUAUUCUCGCGCGGCGAUGGACAUCGCGUGGACCUGAUGAUCUCAGGACACACGCACGGCGGGCAGGUGAAGAUCCCGUUCGUUGGGACUCCGGUUGUGCCGAGCGAGUAUGGACAGAAGUAUGCGGGGGGGAUGGUUGAUGGGCCAAGGUUCCGCGUGUGUGUUUCGAGGGGGAUCGGGAUGUCGAUGCUUCCGGUGCGUGUGGGGGUGCCGCCGGAGAUCAGUCUGAUUGAGCUGGACACCCCAACCGAGGCGGUCGGUGAGUCCGAUGGAUUCGAUGUAGAAAUCGUUGCGUUGAUGGACUUCGCUACGCACUCCGAGCUUCUCGAUGGCUUCGGUUGCGUAUCCGUUCCCGAUCGCGUCUUUGCGGAUGUAGUAUCCAGUCUCGCAAGAGGCGGUGUCUCUACGAACAUCGUGCACUCCUGUGCCACCAAGGAAACGGCCUGUUUGUUUGCAGAAUAUCCCGGUGCCUACGUUGUUGAAGGUGUCGGGGUUGGCGAGGGACAUGAUCUGCUCGCAUAUGUACUUGGUGGUGGAUUCGAGGGUGCGGUGGUUUUCCUUGGCCCAGACCAUCCAGGGGAGGAGGUGGUCGUCGCGGCAUUCAUCGAUUGCUUGGAAAACCUGCUCGGCGUCCUCGAGGCGGUAGGCGCGGACGAUCAGGCGCUCGGAUUCGAGCUCGCAAGUCAGCGGCGUGGGCGGGGUCCAAUGGAGCAGCGGCGGGUGUCGCACAUCGGUGAGGAUGGUCAGCGGAAGCUGAGCGAAUCGCACGCGAUGAUUGUUGGGGUGGGGGCGCUGGGGUGUGUGUCGGCGGAUCUGCUCGUUCGUGCGGGGGUUGGGACGGUCACGAUCGUGGAUCGGGAUCUGGUGGAGUUGUCCAAUCUGCAUCGUCAGGGGUUGUACAGCGAAGCGGAUGCGGUCGAGAAAAAACCCAAAGCGGUCGCGGCGCGGGAUCGGCUGCGAGCGGUGAACUCUGGGGUUGAGGUUCGGGCGCAUAUCGCGGACUUCACUUCGGAGAACGCGUUGCCGUUGAUCGAGGGUGGCGGGGUUCCCGAUGUGCUGAUUGAUGGGACGGAUAAUUUUGAGACUCGAUUUUUGAUCAAUGACUGCUCGGUGAAGCUGGGUGUGCCUUAUGUGUAUGGCGGGGCGAUUUCGACGCAGGGAUCGGCGGCGGUGUUUGUACCAAAUAGGGGAGGGCCGUGUCUGCGAUGCGUGCAGCCAAGCCCUCCGAAGCCGGGAACGCAGGCGACGUGUGAGUCGGCGGGGGUUGUGGGUGCGGUGUCGUCGAUCAUCGGGAGCUACCAAGCGGCUGAGGCGAUGAAGGUGCUGAUGGGGCAGAUGGAUCGGGUGAUGGGGUCGAUGCUGAGCUUUGAUCUGUGGGAGGGGCAGCGGACGAGGGUGGAACUCGGCGAUGCGAAAGAUCCGGAGUGUCCGUGUUGUGGGAAGGGGGCGUUCGAGUUUAUCGAGGAACGCGGGGCGCCGCCUCAGGCGCUGUGCGGGCAGCUUGCGGUUCAGGUGUCAGGAGGAUCGUCGAUGAUCGAUCUGAGGCGUCUGGGGGCGGGUCUGGAAGGGUUUGAGGUCAAGGACUACAUGAUCCGCGGGAUGGUUGAGCACGGCGGAGAGCGGUUUGAGCUGACCUGCUUCGCGGAUGGACGCGCGAUCAUCGAUGGGACGGAUGAUGUUGGACUGGAGAAGGACAUGACCACGACCGCAACGACGACUGGACAGAACAUCACACGCACGCUCGCUCGCACGGCUGAGCUUGCACAGGGGCUGCUGACGGGUGUGACGAAGGAGAACUUCGCGCGGAUGCCUCAGGCGGACGGGAAAGCGAUCAACACGAAUCACCCAUGUUUCAUCUACGGGCACCUCUCGAUUUACCCACGCUUUAUCUUCGAGCUGAUGGGUAAGGACGGGUCGGCGAUUGAUGUCCCUGAGGGAUGGGAAGAUCUGUUCAAGCACGGCGUCGAAUGCAAGGACGAUGUCAACGGCGAUAUCUAUCCGGCGAUGGACGAGGUGCUCGCGUACUUCAAGAAGGCGCACGAGGCGGUCAUUGAGAUGCUCGGCUCAUGCGACGACGAGACGCUCAACAAGGCGUUUGAGGGAGAGGGGUGGCAUGUCGAUUUUGCGGGCACGCCUGCGGCGCUGUCGAUCUUUAUGCUUCACUCGCACUACAUGUUCCACUUGGGACAGAUGAGCGCUUGGCGCCGUUGUGUGGGUCUCGGAUCGCUGGAAGUUGCUCCGGAUUGUGGUCGCGGGAUCGAGUGUGUAGAGGUGUUGUUUGAUGGAGUAUUCGAGCUGUUCGAAGCUCGAUCCCGGGAAGUCGGUGCGACCGAUGGAUCCAUUGAAGAGGGUGUCUCCGACGAGGGCGGUGUUGGUGAGGGAAUCGAGGGUGACGGUGUCGUCGUGUUCGAGGAAUCCGGCGGGAUCGGGGGCGGUGACGGCAAGUCCGAUCGCGGCGGAGAGGUUGAGCAUGGGGAGUCCGGCGAUGUGGUCGGCGUGCGCGUGGGUGAGGAGGACUUUGUCGACGACGAGUUGUUGCUGGACGAUUGCAUCGAGGAGGGGGGUUGGCUGGUAUCCACAAUCGACGAUCCAGCAGCGUGA